AUGAGCGGGUGUGCGCAUGCGCAGACGAGCGAGUAGGAAAACUUCCUGCAAAAUAGUGAUCCCUAACAACAGACAAAGCUUGACAGUGUGGAUGGAAUAGAAGACGAUUCUAUAAAAGGCACAGCGAUUAUCCCACUUGAUGCAGGGUCACGGCAGCGGUCGCAGGUCCAGAGAGCAGUAGGAGGAACCAGGGGCUCCAUGUCGGCUCACCCCCCUGCAGAGAUGGACGGCCCGCCGGAGCUGACCGAGCUGCCGUCAAAGAAGGCCAAGCUUGAUAUGGACGAUAGACUGGAGAAGGCAACACGGAACCUGGCUGAGGAUGGCAGCCCCCAGAACACAUACCCGGCCUUGACGGCAGUCCGCGACCAUGGGCAACCAGACCAACAGAGUGCCUUAGCCCCGCAAGCAUGCAGUGACCCCAUGAACUCCUAUGCACAUUCUGUCGGACCGUGCAAAGACCCUGAUACCACAGUUGUAUCUGAAUACUCCCAGAUGUACCAAGACAACAACCCCGCAGUGACCUCCUACGGCAACCAGGCGGCGUUCUCUCCCCUGGCCCAGUCUAGCGUGUACUCCUUCCCCCAGGCAGGCCAGACCUACGGGCUCCCACCGUUUGGUGCUAUGUGGCCAGGCAUAAAAACAGAGACAGGGCUGCCUGAGGCGCCCUCUGUUGGUCAGCCGGGGUUUCUCAGCUUCAGCAGCGCAUACACGUCCACGCAGUCCGGCCAGCUUCACUAUUCCUACCCCAGCCAAGGCUCAAGCUUCACCACGGCCAGCGUUUACUCCAACAUCCCCGCUACCACGGCCAGCACUGUCCCCGCCCCAGCGCCCAAUCAGGAGUUCAGCAGCUACUCCUCGCUGGGACCCCAGGCCCAGUUCUCCCAGUACUACGCGCCCCUGCCAGGCUACGCGCCCCCCGGCCUGCCGAGCAGCGAGAGUCACGGUACGGACGCUGCGGGCGUGGCCGGCUACCCGGCCGUCAAGUCGGAGAGCGCCGUGUCCGCCGGGCUGCCCAGCAACACCGACGCCCCCCCGCAGGAGAACCUCCCGCCGGGCAUCGCCCUGCCGGCCGGGCUGGCCCUCCCCACGGGGGCCCGGGAGCUGGAGGACGCGGGCCGCAGGAACUCUGUGGGGAAGGCCAAAGGCAAGGCCAAGAAGCCCGACGGAUGCCCCUCCACGGACUCGGACCUGGAGCGGGUCUUUCUGUGGGACCUUGACGAGACCAUCAUCAUAUUCCACUCGCUUCUCACCGGCUCCUUCGCACAGAAGUUCGGCAAGGACCCAGCCACUGUGCUGAACCUGGGCCUUCAGAUGGAGGAGCUGAUCUUUGAACUGGCCGACACACACCUGUUCUUCAACGACCUGGAGGAGUGUGACCAGGUCCACGUGGAAGACGUGGCGUCCGACGACAACGGACAGGACCUCAGUAACUAUAACUUCCUGGCCGACGGCUUCAGCGGCUCCAGCGGGGGGGGCGGAGGCUCCGGGCCCGCCGGCGUCCCCGGUGGCGUGGAGUGGAUGCGCAAGCUAGCCUUCCGCUACCGCCGGCUAAAGGAGAUCUACAACGCCUACAAGACCAACGUCGGAGGCCUGCUGAGUCCUAUGAAGAGGGAUCUUCUGCUGAGGCUUCAGUCCGAGAUCGAGAACGUGACGGACGCCUGGCUCAGCACGGCCCUCAAGUCCCUGCUGCUGAUCCAGUCCAGGGGGAAGUGUCUGAACAUCCUGGUCACCACCACCCAGCUGGUGCCAGCCCUGGCCAAGGUGUUGCUCUACGGCCUGGGAGAGGUCUUCUCCAUCGACACCAUCUACAGCGCCACCAAAAUAGGGAAGGAGAGCUGCUUCGAGAGGAUCGUCUCGCGCUUCGGCAAGAAGGUGACCUACGUGGUGAUCGGGGACGGCCGCGACGAGGAGUUUGCCGCCAAACAGCACAACAUGCCUUUCUGGAGGAUCUCCACCCACGGGGACCUGGUGUCCCUGCACCAGGCGCUGGAGCUGGACUUCCUGUAGACGGUGGCGACGGGGGUUCAGAGGUCAGCGGAGAUGCCUCCCGCCCUCCCCCCCCCGCCCCUAUCAAAUCACCCACCCACCAACCCUCAACCAACCUCCACUAUACAACAUUUAUCUCCUCUUUUUGUUUUUCUUUUGUUGUUCUCGUUGUUUUUUGUUCCGUACUACCGCGGUAACGGGCCCGGCCCUCAGCCUGGAGUUUUGCUGCUGGGGUGGGGGGGGGGAGGGCAACGUUUGGACGCUUUGGUGGGACUGGAUGGAUGACCCUUGACCUGUAUGGCAGCUAAACGCUCAAACAAGCUGGAACUGGCACUGACUGGCACACCAAGAGGGACUCUCUCUCACACUCACCCUCAAUGUCUCUCUCUCUCUCUCUGUCUCUCUGUCUCUCUGUGUCUCUGUCUUUCUGUCUCUCUCUCUCGGUCUCACACACUCACUCCCCAUCAUCGCUCUCUCUCGCCUGAGGAAACGCCACCCUGGCUCCUCUGAUGAUUUAAGGUGGGGGGGGGGGGGCCUAGUGGAAGUCCCCAACCAAGCCGACGUUCUGAGGUCGCAUCGUUGCACUCAUUCCGAAGCUUGAACGCAUGCAUGUUGUUUUUUCGUUUUUUCGUUUUAUCUCAGCGUUACAAUGCAGUUACUCCUUGUGGUCCGUCGGACAUAAACAUUUUCAUGGACGUUUUUCGAAGACGCCAUCGGUCUGGUCCUCUCCAAAGGUACUUCCUGGUUCACCGGACUGGCUCGGCUGACGCUGACCCCGUGACCACAACGUGACGUGUGGUCGUGGUCUGGUCUUGGACUCUGACGGUGGAAGCAACCGGCCUUCCCCUACUCACACUUCCUGAGACUGCGAUGAAGAGAUAAAAAAAUAGUACCCAGCGCAUGCUUUCUGACAAAAAUCCCCCUGACCGCCACUCAGUCCCUAGUGUCUGAGCGGAGAAGUCAGACGUGGAAGGGAAAACGCUGUGUCACAGUUUGUUCUAGAACUAGCUGUUGCCUCGGGGGGGUGCUGACGAAUGUAAACACCCUUCUAUCAAACGUCCACCAUGCUGUAUGGUUUCUUCUUCUGUUCAGACCACAUCACCACAAUGCAAUCCCCCUCGCAUCAGAAUUCCACUUCCUGUUUCCUGUGCACGAGGCCUGUCCACCUAUUCUGCGGUCUUGGCUGUAGAACCGGCCCCCUGGUGUGGCCCCUAAGUGACCUUUGGUGACCUAUGAGGACCCCAGUAAACAGUAUUGGGGGGGGGGGGUGGUAUUGUAUUAAACAGGCGUGCGUACAGGGGCUUCAUGGCAGUUUUCUGAUGGCAUACUGUGUCAUGUGACCCCUUCUUGACCAAACAUUCUCACCAAUGGGGUUCCUAUGCUCCCUGUUUCCAUGACGAUGAUUAUCUAUAGUCCAUUGCAUUCUGUAUAUAACUUUGUUCAGCAAGAAUUGUUAUAAUGGCAGGUGGUGUUGUUCCCUUAAAGGAUCCACACAGAAACGCUGGAGUUGAAUUGAUGUUGAAGCACCCUCCUAAUAAAAAGGGGAUUCAUUAUGCCUACCUGACAAUACUUUAAAUCGUUGGCUUGAAUAAAUCUGUGGUUCUCAUGUAACCCAUGAACCACCUAUGAAACCCUCAGAUCGGAGUACUGGCACAUAGAAACCGAUUGGUUGAUUCGCGGCCGCCUCCUACCAAAACGCGUGGUUGUUUCACCGAACCUGGUCGUCGCAGUCAUCGGUCGGUCACAUCGCAUCCCACAACGGACUCAGGACAUGAGGGGGGGGGGGGGGGGGGGAAGACUGUGCAAUACAUGGAGUAGAUGGCAUGCUCGUUAACCAAUCAGAGACUGAGGGUGGAUUGUGACUGAAUUUAGAUGAGCCUGGUUUCACAUGUACACACAUGCAGCUUUGACCAAUAAGAAUGUUUUCGGUGUGUUCUGUUUUAUUUUUUUGUCUUUUCUUUUGUUUUGUGUAUUUAUAUUGUGCCUUUUUAACCAGUGAUUGUACACUCUGUAAUCUCAAAAAAGGGAACUAUCAACAUGUUUAUUAUCCAAAGUGUUCUUUUGCUUUUUUAACUAUAUGUUUUUACUAUAUAUAGAUCUAUAUCUAUAUAUAGAUAUAGAUCUAUAUAGAUGUAUAUAAAAAAAAGAAUGAUGUUCAUUUCUGCGGAGGCUUACACUUCAGCAACUUGACACGUUUGAAAGACAAAAUAGUAAUUGCUGUUACAUAGUUCUGUCUGAUUAUUCAGUUUAUUUUUCUUUCCACAAUGCGUGAUCUGAUGUCUUUUGGUAGUGUUGUUACUUAUGGAAACAGUCGUCAUCAUAUUACAAAACUAUACUUUUUUGGUGAUGAUUCAUCGUAAUGAAUCAUCACAAAUGUCGACUGAUCCUCUUGACGUCAUCUUUCAGAGAUUUAGGUUACUUCUGAAUGAAAACUUUGCGAUGAAAUACUCAACUGUCAAAAUACUAGUUACUUUGCGGCCAGAACACGUGCACCUGUGAGCACGGCCUGGAGACGAUCAACGGGGAACACGAUAAUCCUUCACAGCAUACUCGGAUGCAUUCGGUUCGGACCCACUCUUGUGUGAAUGUGUAACUGAAAUAUUGUACUACCUAAAAGGAGUUAAAGGGAAUUCCCAUUACCCUGAAUUUCCCUAAAUCAUGUGGUGGGUGGGGGGGGAAAUAACAAAUCAAGUUACAUCCCUUUUUUUGUUUUAUUGUCUACUCUGAGGAAGGAAUAGGCGACCAUACCGCAACAUUUUCGAAUGAAUUGUUGGACUUAAGCUUUGCUUCAUGUCCGAUUCAGAGUCUCAUUGUGGCUCUGAUGCACAAUGUCUUUUGAGGAGUGAAAUCACUUCAUAUUUAAUUUUUUCCUUUUUCAAUGCCAAAGACUAUGUAUUUUUAAACUGCAACCUUUCCACUUACUUUUUUAUUUUAUUUUCAUCUCAUCGCUCCGACCGGUGUUGUGGUGUCAGCGAGCGUACCGCGGUGGGCUCGGCACACAGCUAAAGUCGUCAGGGUCAUUUACAUUAUCACUGUUUGUGGACAUUGCGUACUGUUACAGUGGCAUCGAGACACUGCAUAUUAACCAUGAGGUCCCCCUGCUGUGGUCUGUACACACUCCCUGCAAUGUAAAUAAAUUAUCAAAAAAUGUAAAGAAA